AUAGCCAAGUCAUCAUUCAACAUUACAAUUUCAAAGUAAAAUUGUCAUAAUUGAGAGAAUUUCCACAACUAAACAACUGUUCCCAUCAGAAAGGAGAGCAUUUCAGGAAAGGGAGGAGUGAAUCCAGAAGACAGUACUGUUUUUAGCUAUCUUGGCUGGCAUUCCCUUUCUUGGAAAUUUAUAUCUGAUAGUACAAGCCAAAGCAGCUGAGCUGGUAAACUGGAUAACAGCAAUAAGAAAGGGCAACUGCUGAAGGCCAGCCUGAAGUUACAAGAGCAUGCCUGGAAGUCACAAGUGGCUGGGAUCGUAGGGGGCUGGAAGGGACUCCUGGUGUUGACCUAGUCCAAACCAUCGACUAAACCAGGUUCCCUCCAGCAGGUUGUAUAAAACAUCCAGGUAGAUUCUAAAUAUCUUCAGAGAAGGAGAUUGCAUGACCCUGGGCAGCCUGUUCGAACCUUCAUGGUUCAGAAGCAGUACCAUCUCAGGGAAGCAGUAGCCUGUUGUGGGUCUCCUGAAGCAAUAACUUAAACCAAUAAUAAGCAGAUGAUACCAGGUUAAUGGUGUUUGGUUCAUGUCACAGUGCCAUCACUGUGGCAACACCGCUCAACAGCAUCAACAAGCCAGGGACUUCUGCGCUCCCAAGUCAUUAGGAAACAUGCCCAGCAUCUCAGCUGCCAAAGUGACUGUAGUCUCAACAUAAAUAUCUGUAGAUCUCUUAGCCAUGUCUGUUAGUGCAACAGAGAAUGAUCCUCCUAGAUUCUUCGUUGGUGGAGAAGAUGGAGAAGAACUGUUGGAUUCAGCCAGAUCUACGGAUUGUGAACAUUUCUAUGACCAUGGGGAAGAAGAGGAGGAAGAAUAUGACUCGCCACCAGAAAGACAGAUUGCAGUUGGAAUUUGUUCAAUGGCCAAGAAAUCAAAGUCUAAACCAAUGAAAGAAAUUCUUGAACGUCUCUCCAUGUUUAAGUACAUUACUGUUGUAAUAUUUGAGGAAGAUGUUAUUUUGAAUGAGCCAGUAGAAAACUGGCCAUUAUGUGACUGUCUCAUUUCUUUCCAUUCUAAAGGAUUUCCACUGGACAAAGCGGUUGCCUAUGCAAAACUCAGGAAUCCAUUCAUAAUCAAUGACUUGAAUAUGCAGUAUCGCAUACAAGACAGGAGAGAAGUGUAUGGUAUUCUUAAAGCUGAAGGCAUUUUACUUCCUCGUUACGCAGUUCUGAACCGUGAUCCAAACAAUCCACAAGAAUGCAACUUGAUUGAAGGAGAAGAUCAUGUGGAAGUGAAUGGGGAAAUUUUCCAAAAGCCUUUUGUAGAAAAGCCAGUUAGUGCUGAGGACCACAAUGUUUACAUUUAUUACCCAGCAUCUGCUGGGGGUGGAAGCCAGAGGCUUUUUCGAAAGAUUGGCAGCAGAAGCAGUGUUUAUUCCCCUGAAAGCAGCGUGAGAAAAACAGGCUCCUAUAUUUAUGAGGAAUUUAUGCCUACGGAUGGCACAGAUGUGAAGGUGUACACAGUAGGUCCUGACUAUGCUCAUGCUGAAGCCCGGAAGUCUCCAGCUCUUGAUGGUAAGGUAGAGCGGGAUAGCGAAGGAAAAGAAGUGAGGUAUCCAGUCAUCCUGAAUGCAAGAGAGAAGUUAAUUGCUUGGAAAGUAUGCCUUGCCUUUAAGCAAACAGUUUGUGGCUUUGAUUUGCUGCGUGCUAAUGGACAGUCAUAUGUCUGUGAUGUGAACGGCUUCAGUUUUGUGAAAAACUCCAUGAAAUACUAUGAUGAUUGUGCUAAGAUACUGGGAAAUAUCAUAAUGAGAGAACUUGCUCCCCAGUUUCAGAUACCAUGGUCAAUUCCAUUGGAAGCUGAAGACAUCCCUAUCGUGCCAACCACCUCUGGGACAAUGAUGGAGCUUAGAUGUGUUAUAGCUGUAAUACGUCAUGGAGACCGAACACCAAAACAAAAAAUGAAAAUGGAAGUAAAACAUCAAAAAUUUUUUGAUCUCUUUGAAAAAUGUGAUGGAUAUAAAUCUGGAAAACUAAAACUGAAAAAACCAAAACAGCUGCAGGAAGUGCUUGAUAUAGCAAGGCAACUCCUUGUGGAACUUGGGCAGAACAAUGAUUCUGAAAUUGAGGAAAGUAAAGCAAAACUUGAACAGUUAAAGACUGUGUUAGAAAUGUAUGGGCAUUUUUCAGGCAUAAACCGCAAAGUUCAAUUAACGUAUCUUCCUCAUGGCUGCCCAAAGACUUCCAGUGAAGAGGAAGAUAACAGAAGAAAUGAACCAUCCCUCCUACUGGUUCUAAAAUGGGGAGGAGAACUGACCCCUGCAGGCAGGGUUCAAGCAGAGGAGCUUGGAAGGGCAUUCAGGUGUAUGUAUCCAGGUGGACAAGGAGAUUAUGCUGGAUUUCCUGGCUGUGGUUUACUUAGAUUACAUAGCACUUACCGACACGAUCUCAAAAUCUAUGCUUCUGAUGAGGGAAGAGUUCAGAUGACUGCAGCAGCUUUUGCAAAGGGACUACUGGCCUUAGAGGGCGAGCUGACUCCUAUUCUUGUCCAGAUGGUAAAAAGUGCUAAUAUGAAUGGUCUAUUGGACAGUGACAGUGAUUCUUUAAGCAGCUGUCAGCAUCGUGUUAAAGCAAGGCUCCAUGAAAUUCUCCAGAGAGACAGAGAAUUUACUGCUGAUGACUACGAUAAGCUUACACCAUCUGGAAGCAUCUCAUUGAUAAAAUCAAUGCAGGUUAUUAAAAAUCCUGUUAAGACAUGUGACAAAGUCUACUCCUUGAUCCAGAGCUUGACUUCUCAGAUUAGGCAAAAAAUGGAAGAACCAAAGUCUGCAGAUAUUCAGCUGUACCACAGUGAAACACUAGAACUGAUGCUGCGCAGGUGGGCCAAGCUGGAAAAAGACUUUAAAACAAAGAAUGGAAGAUAUGAUAUUAGCAAAAUUCCUGAUAUUUACGACUGUAUAAAAUACGAUGUGCAGCACAAUGGCUCCUUAAAAUUAGAAAACACAAUGGAAUUAUACAGACUUUCAAAAGCUUUAGCUGACAUUGUGAUUCCUCAGGAAUAUGGUAUUUCUAAGGCUGAGAAACUAGAGAUUGCCAAAGGUUAUUGCACUCCUCUAGUUAGAAAAAUCCGUUCUGACCUUCAGAGAACUCAAGAUGAUGAUACUGUAAAUAAGCUUCACCCUCUUUACUCCAGGGGUGUUAUGUCCCCUGAACGCCAUGUUCGUACACGACUGUAUUUCACCAGCGAAAGUCAUGUUCAUUCCCUGCUAUCCACCCUUCGUUAUGGUGCCUUAUGUGAUGAAACAAAAGAUGAACAGUGGAAACGAGCUAUGGAUUACUUAAAUGUUGUCAAUGAACUCAAUUACAUGACACAGAUUGUUAUCAUGCUCUAUGAGGAUCCAAAUAAGGAACUUUCUUCGGAAGAACGUUUUCAUGUAGAGCUGCACUUUAGUCCAGGAGCCAAAGGCUGUGAGGAAGAUAAAAAUUUACCAUCUGGAUAUGGAUACAGACCUGCCUCCCGAGAGAAUGAAGGCUCGAAGAAAACCUCACAUAGAAAUGAUAGUGAUGAGGAGGCACAUACUUCUAAAAGGGAUGAAACAGAUCGGUCAGUAGUGAUGUUCAAGCCAAUGGUAUCAGACCCAAUUCAUAUACACAGAAAGUCACCCCUUCCGAGAUCCAGGAUGAUUGGUUCUGUUGAAGAAGAGAGCCCCCUGAGUGUGUCUAGCCCAGAGUGUAUUGGUACCUGGCUGCAUUACACCAGUGGUGUGGGUACUGGGCGUCGAAGACGCAGAUCAGGGGAACAAAUCACUUCUUCCCCUGUCUCCCCCAAAUCAUUGGCUUUCACAUCCAGUAUUUUUGGCUCAUGGCAACAGGUCCUAUCAGAAAGCAAUAGUAACUUACGAACACCAAGAACUAUUCUGGAACAAAAGCAGAGCAGUCUAGGGUCUCACUGUGCGGGCCUGUUUAGCACCUCAGUGCUCGGGGGUUCUUCAAGUGCACCUAACCUACAGGAUUAUGCUCGUACUCAUCGUAAAAAGCUGACUUCUUCUGGCUUCGUAGAUGACACCACACGCGGUUCUGCUGUUAAAAGGUUUUCUAUCUCAUUUGCUCGACACCCAACCAAUGGUUUUGAACUAUAUUCCAUGGUGCCUUCUAUUUGCCCUUUGGAAACUCUUCACAACUCCCUGUCUUUGAAGCAAGUGGAUGAAUUUCUUGCCUCUGUUGCUGCUCCAUCAAAGGAAAACCUACAGGAGACAUCUUCUCCAACUUACAUGAGUCCAUUGUCAGGAAGAAAAAUUUCAUUGAAUACAUACACCCCUGCAAAAAUCCAGCCAACACCACUUGAAACUUUGCCAGAAAAGCCAGCAAUAGAGAAACCAGCUUCAUCUUCCAGUGAAUCUUCUGUGUGUGUACCUGAUGUUAAGCUAUCUGUUGAAGAACCCUCAUUAGGUGAAGAACUUAGUAGUGACACUCUUUCUGAGAAUAAGUGCAUUUGAUCAGAAAAAACUGGAAAGAACUUCUUAAAUGAUUUCUUAGUACUCAUUCAAACAAAUAAUUGAUCACGCAAAAGCCAUUCAUGCCUGCAAUUUAUAGUGCAUUUAAGAACCUUCUGUUUAAACAAGAUUGAUUAAUGUGCAUUGUACAUAUGUUUGUCAAAUGUCUUUUCUCAUUUUCUACAUAUUUCAGGAAAUGCAUUUAUUUAUCAGUUUGAACUGCACACCUCUAAAGAAAAAGCUGCACAUGAACCUUUUCAUUGUCUUCAGAUAUUGACUGUAAACUUGUUCAAAAGUAGUACGUGUUACAGAGGCUCUGCUGAUGUCACUGUAAUGAAGUAUUGUCCGUUGUCAUUAUGAACUUCUAUUUUCAGGAGUUUAUAAUUUGCCCGCAAAUUUCUUUUGUGGGCUGAAAUGUAACACACAUCUUGGCUAAAAGCUUUUUUCUUUUUUCUUUUUUUUUUUUUUUUUUUUUUUUUAAAGUUAACUACAUAUCCAAAGAAAUCUCUUUUGGCUGUUUUUAAAAGAUAAGCAGGUGAUUUCUGCAUUUGAACAAUUUUAUAUCGUAUAUGCUGCAAUAAGUAGGCAUGAUGGAGUGAGUCAAUGUACUUCUACUUUUGAGUCUCCUUAUUUUUAAUUUCUGUUUACAUCAGACCUGUAACAUUCAAAGUACCUUCUCUUUUGUUGUGUAGUAUACAUGCUUGUAUACGGGUACCUGUAUAUCAUCCAGCAGAUAAAACUGUCUUUUAUAUGUUUUUAUCAAAAGAAAUCUUUUGUUUACCAAAAGGACAGCUUUAUUUGCUUUGCCAUAUGUUUCUACAAAAAGAUGAUGUUAAAAAGCAGGGUUUAUAAAAAAGAGAAAAGGUUACAGCUGGUCUUCUAGUCAGUUUACCCUAAAAAUUGUAAAUAUUCUGUCUAUACUGUAUUCCCAUCCCUUCAAAGUAAAGAGAGAGUGUGAUCUGCCAGGACUCAGCUGCUGACGUUGCAAAAUACUCAGGCUUGAGCAUGGCAUGGGGAUUUCCAUAACCCUGUCCUUUCAAUCUAGGGGAUAGACAGCAGGUCUUAUUAAAGGACAUUGAUUAUUUUGUAAGAUUUGUGAGAAGCAUUACCAUACCAGUGGAACCUCGCGUUACUGGAUUAUAUACAGUAAUCAUCCAGUCUCAGCAGUUCUGUCAUUUUCUGUGGCAUGACAAACCAUUGAUGAUUACACUUAUUCCAAAUGUAUGAAAACAGUGUCCACUUGUUUCAGUUCAAGUGGAAGACAUUUAUUACUGACUUAAUAAGCUAUAAGUUAAAGUUUCGUGUUUAAGUUGAAUAGCUUCUGAGUAAUACUUUUCAGUAGGGCUCUUUUUCAUCUCCAGAGCCAGUGCAACUGUAAUUUUUAUUCACCUUGCCACAGGGUCUGUGUCUUUACUACAUGUGAAAUAGCUUCAGCACUCUGAUUAUAAAAACUGCUGGUUAAAUACCAAAAAUAUGAAGGGUUUCACAGCUAUAUACUUAAAACAUUUCAUUUUUGUAGUUAACUGUUAUUGACAGUGUUUGUCUCGCACACAACUGAAUGUACACAUUGUUUACUAUUUAAAAAAUACUGUUAGAAGUAUGCAUACCAUUCCAGUCAACCAAAGCUGUGGCAUAACUUUUUUUAUGUGCUCCUAAAUAAAAACAAGGCCAUUGGCAA